AACAUUCUUGUGUCACCAUGCAUGCAGUUGUGUGAGUUUGGCAAUAAAAGUAUAGUAUAGAGAGAUUUGAUAAAACAUCAAAAGUCAAGUCUGCUCAUGCAGUUAUCAGCUCAAGUAACUUAUCGAUCGCUAAACUUGAAGCUUCUAUAUAGCUCUGAGGAAUGAGCAAAUACAGACGUUCAUUUUUUAUUGCUGUCCUGGCUGUAUUAGGAACCAUGGUUUCGUUUGGACUAUAUCAUGUAAAUUUGAGAAAUGAUUUAAAGUUUGAUACGGAAGACGUAGGAACAAAGAUGGUUCCUACUGAGAUCAGUGUGACGAUUGGGGUCAGCAAAGAAACAGAAAUGGCUACUCAAGAACAUCUUCAUAAAGAAUUUAGGUCUUUGGCUCCAUCAUCAAAGCGUAAGGCAGCAAGUCCUCACAAGAAGAAGCAACCACCGUCAGUGUCACUAUCGAUUAUUAACCAAAGCACACUCUUUAAGAGCAACUAUCCCCCACCCACCAUCAACGGCUACACUUGCCAAGAUAGCAUGUGCUCUGAGUUCCUGAAACCACUAAACAUGAGAAAGUACAAGGCGGAUACCACAAAAAUACUUUCUGAUUUGUCAUCCGAUUCAAAGAUCGCUCAAGCCUCAUCGAUUAACGGGCCUUGCCACUUUAUGAAUGGCAGCAAUCGCCCAGCAGUGGCUCUGGCUAGUUUCCCUGGGUCUGGGAACACCUGGACUAGGGGGUUACUGGAGAAGGCUACUGGAGUGUGUACAGGAUCUGUAUACAUGGAUAGAAAACUGCGCGAGAGUGGUUUUAACGGGGAGAGGAUGAUAACGGGAGUGGUGUGUGUGGUAAAGACUCAUUUCACUGACAAAGCUGUACCAUGGACCAACAGUUCGGGCGAUAUUUCACUACGAAGCUUUUCCGGGUAUGGAAGUGCUAUUCUGAUAGUCCGAAACCCUUUUGAUGCGUUAGUUUCAGAAUGGACCAGGAAAAGAUCACACAGCCAUACCGGUGCCACCAAUCCCAAAUAUUUCAGUACUAAUAAAAAUUGGGACACUUUUGUUAGGAGAGAGUCCAAACAAUGGAGCAAGUAUUUCAGAACGUGGAUGGUUGAGUCUCACGACCACCCCACCAUGUUGGUCAGGUACGAGGAUUUGAAAGUUGACUUGGUCUCAAAUGUAGAAAAGAUGCUUGACUUUCUAAGCUUUCCCUACGAUCAUCAAGAAUUGGAAAACCACCUGACCAAGGACUUCACUAAGUUUAAGAGGAAACACAAUGGUGUGACUGUGGAUCACUUCACUGCUGAACAGAAGAAUUUUGUUAGAUCAAUAAUUAAACAAACACUGUCUUAUUUGAGAGAAUAUAACCAUGGCGACACACUGAAUAUUGAAGAAUAUUUAUCGUAAUAA